AUGACAGCGUAUCGGAGUCGGAAGCGCGCGUCAUCGAGGUUCCGGCGGGAACGAGUCCCGAGUGACGAGACCGAAGCCGUCCCAGCGUCGCCUCAGCUGCCGUCCUUCUACCCAGCAAUCGACAAGAAGUUGGAGCACGCACUGUCCGAGACGUACCCGAGUGUCACCUACGACUCGGAGGACGAACUCGAGGACGAACUCAGCUACGUCGACGUAUUGGAGCAGAAGGUCUUGGAGAAGGCAAGACCAGAGCACGCACCGAUGGUCUUCUGCACCGGGGUGGUGCCCGGCACAGUCGAAGACGCGGCGUUCGGCUUCCUCGCAGAUACAGAAGCCCGAAGCCGGACGCGGAAUUCCGGCAACAGAGACGUCGCGGCUGACGACGUGCGCAUUCUCGCUCGCAUCCACGGACCGACACAGGGCGACCCGUUCCGCUUCUUGGGGGUCAAGUGGUGUUCUCACUCCACGCCUGGACCUGCUGGGAAGUUGAUCAAGCCUCGCGACUACCUCGUGAUUGAAUCCACCGGGAUUGCGUUCGACUCGGACGGUGAACGCUUCUGCUACGUGUUGCACCACUCCAUUAUGCUUGACGAGGUUCCGGACUACCAGAAGUUCGGCAACGUGCGCGUUACGUUCUCCGCCUGCCACAUUAUGAGGCCGCAUCAAACCGCGGGGGCUAUUGAGAUCUUCUGUCGCGGCUUCAUGGACACAGGGGGCAAUCUGGCCGAGCGGUUGACUACGUAUAUAUUCUGCGACGCACUGAUGAUAGCCCCGCAGACUGUCGAGGAAGCUUACACGAGGAAACUCCUGUGGCUGUAUCGCUCUCGACGUCGCGCAGAUAGCAGUCCUCCUGGUCUCGAGUCGCUCCGAAUCUCCGACACUUGUCCGUGCUGCCAUGGAAAGCUCCACACUGGCCUUGCAAAGCUCCUGGAGGGUGCCACCAACUCCAUGUGCCAGCUCUGCCGACACACUGUUUGCCGCAAGUGCGCAGUCAAGAAGGCGUUGCCCCUGGACAUUGGAGGACCCAAGCAAUUGACGAUGCAGACGCUCGACUUCUGUCUGGGCUGCUACCUGCAAGCCAAGGGCUUGUCCGCGUGGCGAGUCGCAAUCGCCACCAUGUCGACGUCGGCCACAGAGUCCAAGAGCUGCGAACGGAUCUGA